GGAAGUUGUUCCAGAUUUGUAACGUCACUUCCGAUAGUCUGAUUUUUUUUGUCUCCUUUUGUGAGCUAGUUAAAUUCCCUCCUUUUUUUCACUUGAUAGUGUUUCAACCUUUGGUUUUACCGCUUUGCUAACGAGCAAAGGAUAGUGAAAUAAGGGCACCGAGGAAUAACAGAUCAAACAGCCAAUCAGCAGCCGCAUUAUGUCUGCAGAACUGGACCUGUCCCCUCCAGAGGUCCCUGAACCCACCUUUCUAGAGAGCCUACUGCGCUAUGGGCUGUUUCUGGGUGCCAUCUUCCAGCUCAUUUGCAUCUUGGCUGUCAUCGUCCCCACAUCCAAGGGACAUGAACAGUAGGAGAUUGA